AUGAUGUCGAUUCCGUGUAUACUAACUUUCAUUCUGAUAGCAGUUUCUUUGACGGAGAGUACACACGAUAUUCCGGAUUGCCCUGCGAAAAAACGCGCUCUAAGUGAUAACCUAAGAGACCAGUUAUUCUCGGGAAUCCUGGCUCAAAAACCUGACUUGAAGUACGACUGUGGUUUGGAAUUGAAAGCUGCACGUAUCUUGGAGCGAAGUGGUCCUGGAAGUAAAGCUAUGAAAACCCUAUCUAACAACAAAUCCCGUUUAUUUUUUGAAAUAGAAGAGGAGCCCGAUAUUGGUGUGGGAGUUAUGACCAAAGCAGCUUUAAAUACCUGGAAGGAUUACAUUUCUCUCUUGGGUCACCGAGAAACCGUCGGCUGUAACUACGUUUUCCAGGAUAAGAAGCACAAGUACAUCUGCAUUUUUGAGUAA